AUGUUGGCUUGGGGCACUGUGCUAGUGAUCUGGGCCACACUGAUCAUUGCCAGUGUGGAUGCCAAGAUUUAUGAACGUUGUGAGCUGGCAAAGAAGCUGGAGAAGGCAGGCCUUGAUGGCUACAGAGGCUACCAAAUUGGAGACUGGUUGUGCAUGGCACACUACGAGAGCGGCUUUGACACCUCUUUCGUGGAUCACAAUCCCGAUGGCAGUAGUGAAUAUGGCAUUUUCCAGCUGAACUCCGCCUGGUGGUGUGACAAUGGUGUCACACCCACCCAGAACCUCUGCCAUAUGGAUUGUCGUGACCUGCUCAAGUGCCAUAUUCUGGAUGACAUCUUGUGUGCCAAGCGGGUUGUGAAUGCACCAGGAAGUAUGAAGGCCUGGGAUUCUUGGACCCGGCAUUGCUCUGGCCAUGAUUUAUCUGAAUGGCUCAAGGGGUGUGAAAUAUAUGUAAAAGAGAACCCAAGGAAACCUGAAUCAUGACUGGAAUUCACAGGGAUAGAGAUUAUCCUUUCCUGUCUUUUUUUUUUUCUUUUGUGGAUUUAAUAAAGAUGAUAUCUACAAG